AUGGAUAUUGACCAUUAUACCUUGGGUAUAUUUGUAGCUGUUUCUGGUACUCUGAUUCUGAUACGAUUUUUACGUCCUGUAUUCCAGGCACUGUCAUUAUUAAUUGCACUGCCCUUCAUGAACCAUUUGCAACGCAUUUUUGGUCUUCGUUCUAAUGCAUCUGCUGCUGUCAAAUUCUUCGAAAACUUUCGAGUAGGCGGACAUCGAGGUGCUCCCAGAGUUGCUCCUGAAAACACGAUUGAAUCAUUCGAGAAGGCAAAAUCGUCUGGUGUGGACUUGGUAGAAUUUGAUUUAACUCUGACUAAAAAUGGUAUUCCGGUGGUUAUACAUGAUGAUGAUUUGAUGAGGACAUGUGGGGAGCCGGGUUUAGUUUCGUCUCUUACGCUGGAAGAACUUGGUGCGAAGAAUGCUGGGAAAACAUUUCAGCCAUUGAAAAAGUCAGUUGAAAAACCAUCUCAGCACCGUCCGUUCAGCAUGCAGGUAGAUUGGUUUUACAGUUGCGCUUCGGAUAAUGAAACGUGUUCGAAAUUCUACCACAUACCAACUUUGGAGUCGACUGUCAAAUAUUGUCAGGAUAAUGACUUGAAGAUGCUUUUUGACGUGAAAAAUAGCAGCUUUGAGAUGGUCUCUCAGAUUGCAUCCGUGAUAUCAGCUAACAAUCUUUAUAAUAAUGUGAUCGUUUCUUCAUUUUUCCCUUGGGUUUCGUAUGCAAUCAAGAAAGCUGAUCCACAAAUAUUGACCGGUGUGACAUGGCGUCCAUAUUUGAUAGCUUACAAGGAUUUGGAUUGUGAAAUUCCACGGUUUUCUGGUUUGAAACAUUUCGUGGCAUUAUUGUUGGAUCAUGUGAAUCGGAAAUUGAUGGAUGGUUUUCUACCGAAGUUUCUUGGUGUUGAGAUGCUACUGAUUUACGAAAAAGAAAUAUCAAAUGGUUUGGUAAAAAGAAUGAAGGAUUUGAAUAUACAAGUAGUUGCGUGGACGGUCAACGAUCCGCUUCAAAUGCUGUAUUUGGUCAACUCACUAAAAGUUCCUAUUUUAACAGAUCUACCUCAUGUAUAUAAUGAUUUAAAAGCGGUGCAGAUGGAAAUCAGAAGCAAAAUUGAGACGAAGAACUGA